AUGAAGCCCCUUGUAUUGGCUUUGACAUUGUUUCUCCAUGCGGCAGCUGGGGCCAAACUGCAGCCACCUCCGACCAGAGGCGUGCCAAACGGCCACUACGGUGGAGAUGCGGUUGCAUUCGCUAACGAGACAUUCGAGCAAUUCAUCUUGGCGCAAAUGAAUGAAUGGCAUGUUCCGGGACUUGCCAUGGCCGCUACAGAGGGGAAUAAAACUUGGGCCAAGGGCUUCGGGUAUGCAACACUGGGUUCGGAGCCCGUCACGCCUUCGACGUUAUUCUACUGUGGUAGUAUGACAAAGUCAUUGACAGCCGCUGCUUUGUCAAUAUUGGUAGACGAGCGCAAAAACGGGAGCAAUAUGCAAUGGACCACUCCCAUCUCCAGCAUACUCAAGGACGACUUUGUCCUAUCCGACGCUUGGGCUACCGGCCACAUAACGCUCGAGGAUGCGCUAUGUCACCGCACUGGCUAUCCACGGCAUGACUUUUCAGGCCCGUUCGGCAACUCAUCCGUAGACAUGAUUCGGAAAUUUCGGCAUCUCCCCAUGUCCCAGGAGCCCCGCGUGAAAUGGCAGUAUAGCAACAUGAUGUACGGCACAUUAGGAUACGUGGUUGAGCGCAUAAGCGGAACAAGGCUGGCUGACUUCUUCCGAGACCGACUCUGGCACCCCAUGGGCAUGUUUAACACAUUCUUGCACCCAGGCGACGCACUCGCCGGCGGCUGCCGCCUUGCCCACGCCUACUACUACAACAACGAUACGCAACAGUUCGGCGAGUUGCCGUGGAAUGAUGAGGGAAGCGUCGCGGCUGCUGGAAUGGCCAUUUCGUCCGUCCUCGACUGGUCCCGGUAUCUACGACACAUGAUUUCGGAAUCGGGGCCCAUUCCCAAGGCUGGCCACGCAGCCCUUAAGGCGCCGCACAUGGUGUCAGAGCAGGACAAGCGCAUAUACUCUGGGACCGAGUUUUACGGGCUGGGCUGGGGUUCUAACAUGAUCCAGAAUGAAGCCGUCUGGUAUCACUCGGGAAGAGUUAGCGGCAUGCUGUCCUACAUGGCAUUUAUUCCAGCUCGGAAAUUUGGAUUUGUCAUAAUGCUUAACACGGAGAGUGUGGCGGCCCUCGACUCCAUCUUUUCCACCACCUUGUUCAACUAUUUCGAGGUGGCAUCGUCGAACCGUUAUGAUAUUAAGCAAGGAUGGUACGACUUGUUGAGAGACUUGGAUUAUGGUUUACGUAACUGCUCGGCCCGUCUGUAUCCGGGAACAGGCGCCGAGGCAUUGCCAUCAGGCAUAGUACUAGACGACUUGGUAGGGAGCUACUAUAAUGACGGCUAUGGAUAUGCCAAUGUGACGCUGAGAUGUGACGACUGGAAACCAGCAAACGGGUCCCCCAGCGUGCUGUCUCUUACGUCAGAUGGGUGUCGGGUCGUUAUUCCUCGGUCUGAGCUGUUUGGCAAAAAUGUUUCCUUUCAGUUGCAAUACGUGUCUGGGGAUCAGUGGCUGGCUUGGUUCUUUGUUGACGACUACAAAACAGUGACGAGGCCAACCGGUUGCUACAGAGUCCAGAUUGUCCUUGGGCCUGAUGGAAAACCCGACAUGCUUGGCCUGGACAUUAGGAUGGAGGGAGACGAUUUGCCCUUGACCUGGUUCAAAAGGGCUUGA